AUGCGGCAGUGCAGCACCGUGUUUGAGCUCGCCGGCCAGGACAGGAAGGGUCUGCUGGCGGAUGUGCUGGACCUGCUGACCCACAACGGCUGCGACGUCCUGAGCGCGGCCGUGUGGACGUCCAAGCGCCGCGUCGCUUUUGUGGUCUCCGUUGUGGAGGGCGCCGCGCCCGUCCGCGACGGCGGCAAGAUCGCGCGGCUGAAGCAGCUGCUGCUGCAGAUGAUGGACGCGGGCGGCAACGGGCUGGUGGAGGCGUCGGUGGUGAAGGGGCUCAUCCACUACGAGCGGCGGCUGCACCAGCUGAUGCUCAAGGAGGAGGAGCGGGACUGGGCGCGCGUGAAGGAGCGCGUGCUGGCAGCGGCGGGCAUCCUCGUGCCUGCGGCAGCUUGCGGCACGGACGGCGGCGGCGAUGCGUGGCGGUCGGGCGGCGGCGGCGGCGGGAGCUUGGACGGGGGGCAGCAGCAGCAGAAGAGGUGCCAGGUGACGCAGGGGCCGGAGGUUAUGUGCGUCACCAGCGAGCCGCCAGAGGCGCCGGCGCCGGCGGGGUGCGCGGACGCGGACGGCAUACCCUUGGUGUCGCCCAAGUACAGCCGUCCGCAGGUCACCAUCCAGCACUACGCCCACAUGCACUACUGGCUUGUCACCGUGCGCUGCAAAGACCGCAACAAGCUCCUUUUUGACAGCGUGUGCACCCUUUCGGACCUGAACUACGACGUCUACCACGCGGCAGUGGACUGCGAGGGGGAGGCGUGCGUGCAGCUCUACUACAUCCGGCCGCGCUUUGGGGACUUCUUCUGGGACGCAGUCAAGGCCACCAAGCUGCGGGUGAUGCUGGAGAGCGCCAUCCAGCGGCGCUUCCCCAAAGGCCUCAAGGUGCACGUGGCCCAGACCCACCAGCACUGCCUCGCGGACCUCACGCGCGCCUGGAAGGAGGCCGGCCUCUGGAUCACGCGCGCCAAGGUGCGGGCGUUUGGCGAGAACGGCCACACCCUGUACGUGAUGGACGCCAACGGCCAGCCGCCAGACCCCCGGAAAGUGCAGCAGGCGUGCCAGAACAGCGGCGGGCAGCUGCAGGCCGACCUCACGGGCGGCCUCUCCCCGCCGGGAUACAUGCUGCCGCCGGGCCUCAAGCCCUCCGCAGCGGCGGCGCAGCAGGUCGCGGGCAGCGUGUCGAUACCGCAGGGCGGCGGCGGCGGGCCGGGGGGCGACGGGGCGACGGCCAAGUUCUUUUACACAUUCUUGCAGCGAACGUGGGAUGGCAGCCCCAGCAGCAUGACCUCAAAUUAA